AUGGCUUCUCAUCAGCGAAGUUGUUCUUCAUCGGAUUGGGCAUCACAUGGUGAAAAUGUUGAAUAUGACAGUGACACUGAGGGCAGUGAGUAUAAUGAACUAAGUGGUGAUGAUGACAAUGUUCAAAAUAAGGAUGACAUAGAGUUUGAUGAACAUAUAGAUUAUGGAGUUGAAGAUAGUGGUUUAAUAAAUAACUUAGAAAACGAGGUGGGCAGUAAGGCUUUGCAAAGUGAUACAUUUGACCCUAACCUUUCUGAUGAUGCUUCAAUUAUGGAAUCAGAUAGUGAUUGUGAGAUAAGUGGUGGAUUAUGGACUAACUUUAGGGCAAGUACAGAUAUGAAUGAUCCUGAAUUCACUCUAGGAAUGACAUUUGCCUCUAAGCAAGAGUUUAAAGAGGCUGUUCAUAACUAUGCCAUUAAAAAUGGAAAAGAUAUGAAGUUUGUGAAGAAUGACAAAUAUAGAUUCAUUGUAGAAUGUAAACAAGAGGGGUGUCCUUUCAGAAUAAGUCUUAGAAAAGUUAUAAACUCUUUGUCAUGGAGGAUUUUAACGAUGGAGCAAAAGCAUGAUGGAUGUUCAUGGGCUUUCGAUAAUAGAAUGAUGAAUUCAACUAAAAUAGCCAAGAGGUGGAGCAAGGAAAUCAAUUAUAAUCCUGAUUGGAAGAUGUUAAAGUUUAAAGAAAAAGUUCAUGAUGAUGACAAGUUCAAUAUGAGUGAGAGGCAGACCUAUAGAGUGCUUGCUAAGGCUAAAACUAUUCUGAAAGGAAAUGAAGAAGAGAACUUUAAUAAACUUUGGAGUUAUGAGCUGGAAAUUAAAAGAACAAAUCCAAUGUCACGUUGUUUUGUUCAAUUGAGUGACUUGAAAGAAAUGAAUGGGGAUACACGAUUUCUUAGGUUCUACAUGUGUUGGGAUGCAUGCAAAAAAGGCUUCAAAUAUUGUAGGAAACUGAUUGGAAUUGAUGGGACUCACUUAAGGACAACUACUGGAGGUGUGUUGCUCAGUGCUGUAGGGAUUGACUCUAAUGAUAGCAUUUUUCCAUUGUGUUAUGCUAUAGUUGAGAAAGAAACUAUACAAUCCUGGACAUGGUUUCUAGACUUUAUGAAAACAGACUUGGAUAUUACUGCUUGGAAUGAGGAUGAAUUCACUUUAAUUUCAGAUAAACAGAAAGGUUUAAUUCAAGCUUGCAAGGCUAUUUUACCUAAAGUGGAGCACAGGUUCUGUGUAAGACACCUUCAUGGUAAUAUGAAGGUUGCAGGGUUCCAAGGUAAAUCACUUAAGGAUGCAUUAUGGUCUUGUGCAAGAGCAUACACUGUCACUGAUUUCAAUAGAGGGUUUAGACGUUUGAAUGAGUUAGAUGGGAAUGCAUUUGAGUGGUUAGCAGAUAAACAUCCUAAAGAAUGGUCAAGAUCACAUUUCUCAUGUGCAUCACAGAGUGAUAUGUUGGUCAAUAACAUAUGUGAAUGUUUUAACAGUGUCAUAUCUGAAGCAAGACAAUAA